GAGGCGGGGCGCGACUGGCCAGCCGGCAUCCACAGUCCUUCGGGUCUUCGCUGUGGGCGCUUUUGACUGACAGGCUGCGGCGGCGCGGUUGCGACUGCAGGUGAGUUCCGGGCCGCCGCUGCCGACUGCUUGUGAGGGCCGGGCAUCGCCGAACAGGGGCGACUCUUGGCGCGCUCCGGGGCCGGCUGGGGCCUGGUCCCGCCAGGUGCAGUGAGCGCGGCAGCCAGGUGAGCGGAACCCGGCGCCGCCCCUCUGCCCCUCCCCGCCCGGGCCAGCGGAGUGUCUGGGGCCCUGGCGCCCCGCUCAAGCGUCUGGAGCCGGGGUUCCCUUCAGGCGGCCUGUCCCUCCACCCCUUACUGCUGGCUGUCAGAGGAGGAUGUGUGUGGUGGUGGCUUCCCCUGGGCAUCCUUGUUCUCACAGGUGAGCCCAGGCCAGAAUGGGGGACUCCCAGGACCUUUGCCCUCAUCUUGAUUCUAUAGGGGAGGUGACCAAAGAGGACUUGCUGCUCAAAUCUAAGGGAACCUGUCGGUCAUGUGGUGUCACCGGACCCAACCUGUGGGCCUGUCUCCAGGUCUCCUGCCCCUACGUUGGCUGUGGAGAAUCCUUUGCUAACCACAGUACCAUUCAUGCCCAGGUGAAAAAGCACAACUUGACUGUGAACCUGACCACAUUCCGGGUGUGGUGUUAUGCCUGUGAGAAGGAGGUGUUCCUGGAGCAGCAGCUGGCAGUGCACAUGGCAGGCCCCUCACUCAAAUUCUUGGAGCAGGACUCUCCACUACCCUUUCACCCUCUGAAAGCUGUUCCGAUUGCUGUGGCUGAUGAAGGAGAGUCCGAAUCAGAAGACGACCUGAAACCUCGAGGCCUCACGGGCAUGAAGAACCUUGGCAAUUCCUGCUACAUGAAUGCUGCGCUGCAGGCCCUCUCCAAUUGCCCUCCACUGACCCAGUUCUUCUUGGAGUGCGGAGGCCUGGUGCGCACAGACAAGAAGCCAGCUCUGUGCAAAAGUUACCAGAAGUUGGUCUCUGAGGUCUGGCACAGAAAACGCCCAAGCUACGUGGUUCCCACCGGCCUGUCCCAUGGGAUCAAGUUGGUCAACCCGAUGUUCCGAGGCUAUGCUCAGCAGGACACCCAAGAGUUCCUGCGCUGCCUCAUGGACCAACUUCACGAGGAACUGAAGGAGCCGGUGGUGGCUGCCGCCUUGGCCCUGACAGAAGCUCGGGACUCAGACUCAAGUGACUCAGAUGAGAAGCAGGAGGGUGACCGGAGCCCAUCAGAGGAUGAGUUCCUGUCCUGUGACUCGAGCAGUGACCGGGGUGAGGGUGACGGGCAAGGGCGUGGUGGGGGCAGCUCGCAGGCCGAGACGGAGCUGCUGAUCCCUGACGAGGCGGGCCGCGCCAUCUCCGAGAAGGAGCGCAUGAAGGACCGCAAGUUCUCGUGGGGCCAGCAGCGCACCAGCUCAGAGCAGGUGGACGAGGAUGCUGAUGUGGAUACCGCCAUGGCUGCCAUUGACCGUCACCUCUCAGACACCCAGCCGCCGUCACCACGGUCCACCAGCCCCUGCCGGACGCCAGAACCGGACAAUGAGGCUCACAUGCGGCCCACUUCGCGCCCCUGCAGCCCCAUCCACCACCACGAGGGCCACACCAAACUGGCCAGCAGCCCCCCUCGGGCAAGCCCGGUGCGGAUGGGACCAUCAUAUGUGCUCAAGAAAGCCCAGAUGCCGAGUGCCAGCAGCCGGCGAAGGAAGGAGCAGCGCUACCGCAGCGUCAUCUCCGACAUCUUCGACGGCUCCAUUCUCAGCCUUGUGCAGUGUCUCACCUGUGACCGGGUGUCCACCACUGUAGAGACAUUCCAGGACCUAUCCCUGCCCAUUCCUGGCAAGGAGGACCUGGCCAAGCUCCACUCGGCCAUCUACCAGAAUGUGCCGGCCAAGCCAGGAGCCUGUGGAGACAGCUACACUCCCCAGGGCUGGCUUGCCUUCCUUGUGGAGUAUAUUCGACGGUUUGUGAUAUCCUGUACCCCCAGCUGGUUUUGGGGGCCGGUCGUCACCCUGGAAGACUGUCUCGCUGCUUUCUUUGCUGCAGAUGAGCUGAAGGGCGACAACAUGUAUAGCUGUGAACGGUGUAAAAAGCUUCGGAAUGGGGUGAAGUACUGCAAGGUCCUGCGACUGCCUGAGAUUCUCUGCAUUCACCUAAAGCGCUUCCGCCAUGAGGUGAUGUACUCCUUCAAAAUCAGCAGCCACGUCUCCUUCCCCCUCGAGGGCCUGGACCUGCGCCCCUUCCUUGCCAAGGAGUGCACAUCCCAGAUCACCACCUAUGACCUCCUUUCUGUCAUCUGCCACCACGGCACGGCAGGCAGUGGCCACUACAUCGCCUACUGCCAGAACGUGAUCAAUGGGCAGUGGUAUGAGUUUGAUGAUCAAUAUGUCACAGAAGUCCACGAAACAGUGGUGCAGAACAUCGAGGCCUAUGUCCUCUUCUACAGGAAGAGCAGCGAGGAGGCCGUGCGCGAGCGGCAGCAGGUGGUGUCCCUGGCUGCCAUGCGGGAGCCCAGCCUGCUGCGUUUCUACGUAUCCCGAGAAUGGCUCAACAAGUUCAACACUUUCGCUGAGCCCGGACCCAUCACUAACCACACCUUCCUCUGUUCCCAUGGAGGCAUCCCUCCCAACAAGUACCACUACAUCGACGACCUGGUGGUGAUCCUGCCCCAGAAUGUGUGGGAGCAUCUCUACAACAGGUUCGGGGGCGGCCCCGCCGUGAACCAUCUGUACGUGUGCUCCAUCUGCCAGGUGGAGAUCGAGGCGCUGGCCAAGCGCAGGCGGAUCGAGAUCGACACCUUCAUUAAGCUGAACAAGGCGUUCCAGGCUGAGGAGUCACCUGGCGUCAUCUACUGCAUCAGCAUGCAGUGGUUCCGGGAGUGGGAGGCCUUCGUCAAGGGGAAGGACAAUGAACCCCCUGGGCCUAUUGACAACAGCAGGAUUGCACAGGUGAAAGGAAGUGGCCACAUCCAGCUGAAGCAGGGUGCUGACUACGGGCAGAUCUCCGAAGAGACCUGGAUCUACUUAAACAACCUGUAUGGAGGUGGCCCUGAGAUCGCCAUCCGGCAGAGUGUGGCCCAGCUCCAGGACCCAGAGAACUUACACGGGGAGCAAAAAAUUGAGGCUGAGACCCGGGCCGUAUGACUUGGGGGCAAGUCUGUAAGUCUCCCUCCUCCCUCUCCAGAGACCCUCUCUCCUGUCCCACUGAGUGUCGGCAGAGCACACCCCUCACACCUUCCUUGAAGCUGCUUGGAAGGACCCUAUGUGGGCCCCUCUGGGCUGCGUGAUCUGGGUGCCCCCAAAGGCCCCCUGCCACCCCCCCUCCUUCCCAGAGAGGGUGAGUGUGUACCCAGAAGAGAGGAAGCCACUUUGGAAUCCCUGAUGUGUGAAAGGGCAGAAAAGUUGUUUGGCUUCACAGUGAGUAAUGCUACAACUAGGAGGUCUAUCCACUGAGGCUUGUGUGAGUGACUGAGGUCUGCGACAUUAACUCAGGUCUCUGUCAUGGCGUGUCCUCCAAGCCCGCCCUCUGGCCCAGCUUUCUCUCCUGGAAUCCAGCGUCAGGGGCUGUGGCCUCAGGAAGAGGUUAUUUCCCACUAGGCCCUCGGUCUAGCACCAGGUUGAUUGUCAAGCUGUGCAGCAGUGAGGACGCACUGUCACCAGUUCUCCUGAGGUCCCCCUCCCCCUCCACUUCCUGGGUAUCACCAAGGUUCCUGCAGGCUGGAGACUCAGGAGUCCUUAGUGGCUGAUUCUGAAAGCAUCUGGAUGCUCUCAUCCUUGCUGAGCUGGCCCCAGGGAGUGGCUGUAACUUGCCCCCCGGGAGCCAGCUGAUGAAACAGAAAUACCUCAAGUUGCUAUUGCUUAGCUGUUGGUGCAGCUUCCUGGGGGGCCUCUCUUCUUCUUUUUAAUUUAGAAAUUGUAUUUAUUUAUUAGUGAGAAAGAACCAGACAUCAUUCUGGUACAUGUGCUGUUGGGGAUCGAACCUGGGACCUCAUGCUUGAGAGUCCAAUGCUUCAGCCACUGCACCAUCUCCCAGACCACCCUGGGGGCCUCUCUGACACUACUGAGCUGAGCUGCCACAGCCCUUGUCCCAGGGAAGUCCUCAUGUGUAGAUCCCAGACAUCUGUGUUCUGGGUGCUCAGUGAGGCCACCAAGGGCACAGAGUUACCAAGUCCUGCUUCUGGUGGCGCAGUUGCCCCUGGACAAAAACCACUGGGUCAUGAUGCUUGCCUGACCAGGACCAAGGCAAAGGGGGAGCUGGGGAAGGAGUCCUGGGGGUGAACCCCCAAACUGCCAUCACCUCCAGUCUCUAGAGACAGAUGUCACAUGAGGAUCCCAGCAGGAGACUGGUAGAGCCUGAAGCUCUCCAAACAUGUGGUUCUCCUGGGCGAUGGGUGUUCCUGGACCCCAUUUCUUUUUUUCUUUUGUCAUUAUUCUUUAUUUUUUAUUUAAUUUCUCUAUUGGUGGAUUAAUGGUUUACAGUCAACAGUAAAAUACAAUAGUUUGUACAUGCAUAACAUUUCCACAAAACAAUACAACCCCCACUAGGUCCUCUUCUGCCAUCAUGUUCCAAGACCCGAACCCUCCCCACCCCCCACCCCAGAGUCUUACUUUGCUGCAAUACACCAACUCCAGUUCAAGUUCUGCUUAGAGUUUUCCCUUCUGAUGUUGUUUUUCAACAUGUUGUUAUUCUGAUGUUGUCUAUGAGUGAGAUCAUCCCAUAUUCAUCCUUCUGUUUCUGACUUAUCUCACUUAACAUGAUUCCAUCAGGCUCCAUCCAAGAUGGGGUAAAGAAGGUGAAUUCUCAUGAACCUGGGACUUUGGAGCCUCAGGGAUAAGAGUCUCCUUGCAUAACCAUUAUGCCAUCUACCCCUGUUAGCAUUUCUCAGUUUUCCACAUUCAACCCCCUCUAGGUCCUCCUCUGCCAUCAUGUUCCAGAACCUGAACCCCCACCCCCACCCAGAGUCCUUUACUUUGUGCAAUACAGCAGACCCAGUCCAAGUUCUGCUUUGUGUUUAUUAUUCAACUAUUUUUUUUUUUUGUAAUUGGAUUUGUUUCAUUGAAGCUCUCUAAACAUGUUGCUCUCCUGUGUGAUGGGUGUUCCUGGACCCCAUUUCUUCCCCUGCCGGGGCACCAUGUUGAUCAAAGACCUGGCCACAGUUGGAACUCCCAGCAUUCACCAUGGCGACCCCCUUGCAGAGUCUGUGGUGGGCACAGUGCUUGCUGUCAGUGCCAUAGACUGCGCUGUGCGGGCUGUGAUCUCAAACCACAUGCACCGUUGCAUCUGUGUUCAGAAUGUCAUAAUAAAUACACAUGCACCCCUGA